CCAGCGCCCAGCAUGGCCGAGCCUAGCACCGAAUGCAGCAUCAAGGUGCUCUGCCGAUUCCGGCCCCUGAACCAGGCGGAGAUCCUGCGGGGGGACAAAUUCAUCCCCCUCUUCCAAGGGGACGACAGCGUCAUCCUCGGGGGCAAGCCCUACGUCUUCGACCGCGUCUUCCCCCCCAACACCACCCAGGACCAGGUGUACCAUGCCUGUGCCAUGCAGAUCGUCAAGGAUGUGCUGGCUGGGUACAACGGCACCAUCUUCGCCUACGGGCAGACGUCAUCGGGGAAGACCCACACCAUGGAGGGGAAGCUGCACGACCCCCAGCUGAUGGGCAUCAUCCCGCGCAUCGCCCGCGACAUCUUCAACCACAUCUACGCCAUGGACGAGAACCUGGAGUUCCACAUCAAGGUUUCUUACUUUGAAAUUUACCUGGACAAAAUCCGGGACCUGCUGGAUGUGACCAAGACCAACCUGUCGGUGCAUGAGGACAAGAACCGGGUACCCUACGUCAAGGGCUGCACCGAGCGCUUUGUCUCCAGCCCGGAGGAGAUCCUGGACGUGAUCGACGAGGGCAAAUCCAACCGCCACGUGGCUGUCACCAACAUGAACGAGCACAGCUCCCGCAGCCACAGCAUCUUCCUCAUCAACAUCAAGCAGGAGAACAUGGAGACGGAGCAGAAGCUGAGCGGGAAGCUCUACCUGGUGGACCUGGCUGGCAGCGAGAAGGUCAGCAAGACGGGGGCCGAAGGGGCUGUGCUGGACGAGGCCAAGAACAUCAACAAGUCGCUGUCGGCCCUGGGCAACGUCAUCUCGGCCCUGGCCGAGGGGACGAAGAGCUACGUGCCCUACCGGGACAGCAAGAUGACGCGGAUCCUGCAGGACUCGCUGGGCGGGAACUGCCGCACGACCAUGUUCAUCUGCUGCUCGCCCUCCAGCUACAACGACGCCGAGACUAAGUCCACCCUCAUGUUCGGCCAACGGGCCAAGACCAUCAAGAACACGGCAUCGGUGAACCUGGAGCUGACGGCCGAGCAGUGGAAGAAGAAGUAUGAGAAGGAGAAGGAAAAGAACAAGACGCUGAAGGAGACGAUCGGGAAGCUGGAGGCUGAGCUGAGCCGCUGGAGGAACGGGGAGAACGUGCCGGAGACGGAGCAGCUGAGCGAGGAGGAGACGCCGGCGCCCGACACCUGUGACGAGACGCCCGUCAACGACAACGCCUCGUCCAUCGUCAUCCGCAUCUCCGAGGAGGAGCGGCGCAAGUACGAGGAGGAGAUCCGCAAACUGUACAAGCAGCUGGAUGACAAGGACGACGAGAUCAACCAACAGAGCCAGCUGAUGGAGAAGCUCUCGCAGCAGAUGCUGGAGCAGGAGGAGCUGCUGGUGUCGACGCGCGGGGACAACGAGAAGGUGCAGCGGGAGCUGGGCCGGCUGCAGGCGGAGAACGACUCGGCCAAGGAGGAGGUGCGCGAGGUGCUGCAGGCGCUGGAGGAGCUGGCCCUCAACUACGACCAGAAGGCGCAGGAGGCGGAGGAGAAGGGGCAGCAGAACCAGCUGCUGGUGGACGAACUGUCCCAGAAAGUGAGCACCCUGCUGGCCCUGGAGACGGAGCUGCAGCGCCUGCAGGAGUUUGGCACCCGCCAGCGGAAGCGCGUGGCCGAGGUGCUCAACGGGCUCAUGAAGGACCUGAGCGAAUUCAGCGUCAUUGUGGGCAACGGGGAGAUCAAGCUGCCGGUGGAGAUCAGCGGGGCCAUCGAGGAGGAGUUCACGGUCGCCCGGCUCUACAUCAGCAAGAUCAAGGCGGAGGUGAAGGGGGUGGUGAAGCGCUGCCGCCAGCUGGAGGCGCUGCAGGUCGAGUGCCAGCGGAAGAUGGCCGUGACGGGCCGGGAGCUGGCCGCCUGCCAGCUGCUCAUCUCCCAGCACGAGGCCAAGAUCCGGUCGCUGAGCGAGUACAUGCACAGCGUCGAGUUGAAGAAGCGGCACCUGGAGGAGUCGUACGACACGCUGAGCGAGGAGCUGGCCAAGCUGCAGGCCCAAGAGACCGUGCACGAGGCGGCCCGGAAGGACCAGGAGCAGGACCCGAUCCAGGAUGCCGACGAGGUCAAGAGGGCCCUGGAGCUGCAGCUGGAGGGGCACCGGGAAGCCCACCACAAGCAGCUGGCCCGGCUGCGUGACGAGAUCAACGAGAAGCAGAAGGUCAUCGACGAGCUGAAGGACCUGAACCAGAAGCUGCAGCUGGAGCUGGAGCAGCUCCGGGCCGACUACGAGAAACUCAAGAACGAGGAGCAGGAGAAAACCAUCAAACUGCAGGAGCUGACAUUUCUGUACGAGCGCCACGAGCAGUCGAAGCAGGAUCUCAAGGGGCUGGAAGAGACUGUCGCCCGGGAACUCCAGACCCUCCACAACCUGCGCAAGCUUUUUGUUCAAGACGUCACGACUCGAGUCAAGAAAAGCGCAGAGAUGGAACCCGAGGACAGUGGGGGGGCCCAUUCUCAGAAGCAGAAGAUUUCCUUUCUUGAGAACAACCUGGAGCAGCUUACAAAGGUUCACAAACAGCUGGUUCGUGACAAUGCAGAUCUGCGCUGUGAGCUUCCAAAGCUGGAGAAGCGGCUUCGGGCUACGGCUGAGAGAGUUAAGGCCCUGGAGGGUGCACUGAGGGAGGCCAAGGAGGGGGCCAUGAAGGACAAGCGGCGCUACCAGCAGGAGGUGGACCGCAUCAAGGAGGCCGUGCGCUACAAGAACUCCAGCAAGCGCGCCCACUCGGCGCAGAUCGCCAAGCCGGUGCGGCCGGGGCACUACCCGGUCUCGCCCACCAACCCCUACGGCGCCCGCAACUCCGACUGCGUCAGCUACACCAACAGCCUCUUCCAGAACUACCAGGCAGCCUACGGGCAGGGCUCCGCCCCAGAUGCCUAUUUUGCCAACUCCUCGUCCAGCAGCGGCACGGGCUCCUCCAGCGGCCCCCUGGCCCCCUACCAGAAGCUGAGCGUGGAUAACGGGAACGCCACAGACAUCAACGAUAACAGAAGUGAGCUGCCCUGCAGCUGCCAGGCUGACGAACAAGCUAAGCUGUUCCCCCUCCACCAGGAGACAGCAGCCAGCUAA